AGUAUAAUGAGUUUAUCUCCUGGAAAGUAUGAGCAGCUUGGAUGUAAAUUUUGGUUAGAAAUUUAGAAUAGCUAGCGAUGGCAGGAGCUCUGCUGGGCACUUGUUUCUCAUCUGCUUCUCUCUCGAUAAAUACUAGGGAAUUCAGAAUCGGCAGCUCUGCUUCUACUCCUCCCUCCAAACCCAAUUUCACUUGCUUUAGAGUCAGAGCUAUCAAAGAAAAAACUGAGGAAAUCAGAACCCCCUCUCCUUCUCCAUCUUCUUCACCUUCAGCACAGGAAAUUACGGAGAAAUUUGGACUUGAAGCUGGUCUCUGGAAGAUAUUCAGCUCAAAAGAUGAAGAAAAGGAAGGAGGCAAAAGAGAGAAAUCAAAAGGAGAAGAAGCUAAGGAGCUGCUAGCAAAAUAUGGGGGAGCAUACCUGGCCACCUCCAUUACUCUCUCCUUGAUCUCCUUCUCCCUCUGUUAUGCACUAAUCAAUGCAGGAGUGGAUGUCCAAGCUCUGUUGCAAAAGGUACUUGAAUUGCAAACUUUAAGCUUCCUCCAUACAAAAAUAAUAGGUUUGGGAGCAAUGGUCUUGAUUGCUGAGUUGCAGGUGGGAAUAUCUGUGGAUGCGACUGGGGAGAAAGUAGGGACGUUUGCAUUGGCAUAUGCUGCACAUAAGGCUGCAUCUCCUAUAAGGUUCCCACCCACCGUAGCUCUCACUCCCAUCGUGGCCAGCUGGAUUGGGAAGAUAGUUGACAAGGAGAAUUAACUUGUAUGCGUAUGACUACCUCCUCCUACCUCCUACCUCCUAAUGUAAUAUGCUCUCUGUUUUUCCUUUUUAAUAUGAAAUCAUUCUUUUCAUAGUAAUGUCGAUGCUUCUGCCCGCCUGAACGAGAGUACAACUUUGCAUUCACAAUAAUCUGAAUCCUUCAAAAUUUUAUGUCAA